CCGCCGGAAUCAUUAGGACAAGGUCCCAUGCGAUAGUUUGUGGGCAGGAGUGUUCUGUCACAUAGAAGCUCAUCUAUUAAUAUAGCUCAUUCGCGUUAUUUAUCGAACAUGUUCGAUGGUGGUGGCUGCGGAACGGAUGCACUGGGAGACACAAUGCCGGACCAUUCAUCACUGAAGGCUGAUGAAGAUAGAAAAACUGAGGCAGAAACAUACAAGAAUCAAGCCAAUGAAAGGUUCACUGCUCAGGCCUUUGACGAGGCCGUCGAUCUGUACACGAAGGCCAUCGAGAGGUGUCCCGACAACCACAUCUACCACGCCAACCGCAGCGCGGCGCACCUCCGGCUGGAGAACUUCGGCUACGCGCUGGCCGACGCGUCGCGCACCGUCGAGCUGGACAAGACGUACGUCAAGGGCUACUACCGGCGCGCCGCCGCCCUCAUGGGCAUGGGCAAGUGGAAGCAGGCGCUGCGCGACUUCGAGAGCGUGAUGAAGGCGCGGCCGCGGGACAAGGACGCGCGUGAGAAGUUCACCAAGUGUCGCAUGAUUGUGCGUCGACUGGCGUUCGAGCGCGCCAUCGCCGUCGACGAGGUGCAGACGACCGUUGCCGAUUCGAUCGAUCUCGACUCGAUGACCAUCGAGGAUGACUACGCCGGUCCGGCUCUGGAGGACGGACGGGUGACAGUCCAAUUCAUGGCUGAUCUCAUGCGCUGGUUCAAGGACCAGAAGCUCCUGCACAGAAAGUAUGCCUUCAAGAUCCUGCUGGACAUCAAGCAGUACCUGCUGCAGCAGCCGUCGCUGGUCGACGUGGCCAUCCCCGAGCAGAGCAAGUUCACCGUGUGCGGCGACAUCCACGGCCAGUUCUACGACCUCAUGAACAUCUUCGAGCUCAACGGCGUGCCUUCCGAGGCCAACCCAUACCUGUUCAAUGGGGACUUCGUGGACCGAGGCUCCUUCUCAGUGGAAUGCAUCCUAACGCUGUUUGGGUUCAAACUGCUGUAUCCAAACCAUUUCUUCAUGUCCAGAGGGAACCACGAGAGCGAGACGAUGAACCAGAUGUACGGCUUCGACGGCGAGGUGAACGCCAAGUACUCGUCGCGCAUGGCCGACCUCUUCACCGAGGUGUACAACUGGCUGCCGCUGUGCCACGUGCUGAACGGGCGCGUGUUCGUCACGCACGGCGGCCUGUUCUCGCGCGACGGCGUGACGCUGGCCGAGCUGCGCGCGCUGGAGCGCGGCCGCCAGCCGCCCGAGGAGGGCUUGAUGUGCGAGCUGCUCUGGUCGGACCCGCAGCCGCAGCCGGGCCGCGGCCCGUCCAAGCGCGGCGUCGGUUGCCAGUUCGGGCCUGACGUCACCGACGAGUUCGUGCGCACCAACCGGCUCGACUAUGUGGUGCGCUCGCACGAGGUGAAGGCCACCGGGUACGAGGUGGCGCACGGCGGCAAGUGCAUCACCGUCUUCUCAGCGCCAAACUACUGUGACACGAUGAACAAUAAGGGAGCGUUCAUCACCAUGACAGGAGGGGACAUGACGCCCAAAUACACUACUUACGAGGCUGUGCCGCACCCGAACGUGAAGCCGAUGGCCUACGCCAACUCCCUGAUGAGCAUGUUCGUCUAACGUCGGCGGCUCUAGUCGGAGCGCGGUGCCGCCGCAGGACGCUACGCCGCGGGCGGCGCUCGAGGGGACCAAGCGG